AUGCCUCCUUCUGAGAAGAAGUGGGACGCCAACGCCGAGCGUGACCUGUGCGUCGCAGUGAUCAUGGGUGCUCAGGAUGGUGAGCGCAUGCGCUUCAACUGGCCAAAGGUCCAUGCAUCGAUGGCAACCCUUGGUUAUUCCUUUACCAAGGACGCCAUCUCUCAGCAUUUCAGCAAGUCCAUCAUGCGCGACUUCAAAGGUCGACAUGGUGAUCCUUCCACCAGCACCCCUACUGCUACACCCAAGAAGGCUACCACCCGCCGCAAGCGAUCGACUCCUGCUAAGAAGAAGAUCGAGAUCCUGGACGAGGAGGACGAUGAUGCAGAGACCAUGGUCGAAUCUCCUGUCCAUAAGAAGAUGAAGCACAAGAACGAGGACGAGGACGAGGAUCUCAAGACAUCGGUUGGUGUCCAGGGCAAGUCUGGGGGCAGCCUUUCUGCUGCUGAGAAGGAAGCCAAGUUUGAGAACUGGCUUGCCAACGGUGACGGUGCUUAGAGAUUGUUGCAACUCUAUCAUGAAAAGAAAGAUAUCUGAAGGGUUGAUACUAUCGAGGCUUUUGAUGCUAUUGCUGGGGGGGCGAGAUAAUAGGGGGGAUUUACAGCCCUGGAGAACUGGAUUGAUAGCCCUCGCAACAUGAAGUUCACUUUGGUUCCC